AGGAGUUGCAGCUGGCUGUGGUGGUCCACACUGCACAGAUCAGUCAGCCACACUUUUACAGUAGCUGUAUGUAUUUACAAUACAAUAUAUGAUAGAAUCUCCGAGACUUGAAAAGAGGGACAGAUGAAGGUGGAACAGAUCUAUAAAUUGGAGUAGCAGAGUUUGGUGGCGGCAGCAUGGCCAGUGGACAGCUGUCUAGAGAAGAGGCGUUGGCGUGUGUGGGGUGCAGACAUGCGUGUCACAUAUUGCUCUAUGCAGACACAGAAGCUCAGCUGUUCGAAGAAAUCCCCAUCAGACACAUCGUAUUGAUGCAGAUGCGUUUCGAUGGUCUGUUGGGUUUCCCUGGCGGUCUCGUUGACCCGUCAGAAGAAUCCCUAGAGGAGGGCCUGAGCAGGGAACUGUGGGAGGAGCUGGGCUUCUCACUGUCAGUCACCUUGGAGGAUCAUGUGUCUUCCUGCCACAACCCUUCGUCCUCUUCCUCUCACCUCAUUACUCACUUCUAUGCCCGGAGAAUGGAAGAGAAAGAGAUCAGGGAGGUCGAAAAGGCAGCUGCUAGCACAGCAACAGACCAUGGCCAUGAGGUAGCAAUUGUGAUGGGGAUGGUCCGAGUUCCUCUCUACACACUAAAGGGAGGAGAAGGAGGGCUUCCCUCAUUCUUGUCCCACUCCUUUAUUGGGAACUCUCGCUCUCAGCUGGAGGACGCUCUAGUGCGCUUCGGCCUGGUGACACCCGAGGAGCUACAGACAGCACUCACACACGCAGAGCAGAGGAGAAAACAACCUUGGGGAGGGGCAGCCUAAUCACACACACAAUGUAAGAAAUUACAUUCAAUAUGACUUUUUCCUGUUAGUAUGUUACACACAGUUCUGUAUUAUAAAAUUGUAUAACUUACUCUAUAUACAGUUGAAGUCGGAUGUUUACAUACACCUUAGCCAAAUACAUUUAAACUCAGUUUUUCACAAUUCCAAUUUUAUUUAUUUCAUCACAUUCUCAGUGGGUCAGACGUUUACAUACACUCAAUUAGUAUUUGGUAGCAUUGCCUUUCAAUAGUUUAACUUGGGUUAAAUGUUUUGGGUAGCCUUCCACAAGCUUCCCACAAUAAAUUGGGUGUAUUUUGGCCCAUUCCUCCUGACAGAGCUGGUGUAGCUGAUUCAGGUUUGUAGGCCUCCUUGCUCGCACACACUUUUUCAGUUCUGCACCACACAUUUUCCAUGGGAUUGAGAUCAGGGCUUUGUGAUGGCCACUCCAAUACCUUGACUUUGUUGUCCUUCAGCCAUUUUGCCACAACUUUGGAGGUAUGCUUGGGGUCAUUGUGCAUUUGGAAGACCCAUUUGUGAGCUAGCUUUAAUUUCCUGACUGAUCUCUUGAGAUGUUGCUUCAAUAUAUCUACAUAAUCUACAUAAACCUCCGACUUCAAUCUGUAGCCUCCAUGUUAAAUAAUGUAAUGUACACAAUUUGCCACUAGAUGGCAGACAGAACAAGGUAACUCCUGGGCCUGGUUUCCCAAAAGCAUUUUAAGACUAGUAAAUUCAUCGUUAGAACCUUCAUAGGAGCAUUGUUAAAUCUCCGAGCUGUUUUCCCAAAUCCAUAGUUAUUUACAUUGCACUUCUAAACACUCGUAAUUUAACGCCUGCCUAAGACCACUUGUAGAACAGCUAAGUGGGUCAUUAGAGGUUGUUUGCCCUUCUGUGUCCCUUACACAAAAGAUCUUGGCUAAACAUCGAAUCACAUGGUUUAUCCACCUCUGUGACUGCCGAUAACCUCAGAAAAAAGUUGACUUCAAAUAAAGUUGCCAAUGUCUUUGCAAUUGAUACAAACAAGCAAUGUACCAAACAUUAGGAACACCUUCCAAAUAUUGAGUUGCCCUCAGAACAGCUUCAAAUUGUAAGGGGGAAGGACUCUACAAGGUGUCUAAAGUGUUCCAGAGGGAGGCUGGCCCAAGUUGACUCCAAUGCUCCCCACAGUUGUGUCAAGUUGAUUGGAUGUCCUUUAGGUGGUGUGACCAUUCUUGAUACACACAGAAAAUUGUUGAGGAUUAAAAACCCAGCAACAUUGCAGUUCUUGACACAAACCGGUGCACCUACUACCAUACCCUGUUCAAAGGCACUUCAAUCCGUUGUCUUACCCAUUCAACCUUUGAAUGGCACACAUACAGUGGCUUGCGAAAGUAUUCACCCUCCUUUGCAUUUUUCCUAUUUUUGGGGGAUUUGUAUCAUUUGAUUUGCACAACAUGCCUACCACUUUUAAGAUGCAAAAUACUUUUUGUGAAACAAACAAAUAACACACACACAAAAAAAACUUGAGCGUGCAUAAAUACCCCCAAAGUUAAUACGUUGGUGAGACACCUUUUGCAGCCAUUACAGCUGCAAGUCUCUUGGGGUGUGUCUCUAUAAGCUUGGCACAUCUAGCCAGUGGGAUUUCUGCCCAUUCUUCAAGCUAACUGCUCCAGCUCCUUCAAGUUGGAUGGGUUCCGCUGGUGUACAGCAAUCUUUAAGUCAUACCACAGAUUCUCAAUUGGAUUGAGGUAUGGGCUUUGACUAAGCCAAUCCAAGAGAUUUAAAUGUUUCCCCUUAAACCAGUCGACUGUUGCUUUAGCAGUAUCCUUAGGGUCAUUGACCUGCUGGAAGGUGAACCUCCGACCCAGUCUCAAAUCUCUGGAAGACUGAAACAGGUUUCCCUCAAGAAUUUCCCUGUAUAUAGCGCCAUCCUUCAAUUCUGACCAGUUUCCCAGUCCCUGCCGAUGGAAAAACAUCACCACUGCAUGACACUGCAACCCCCAUACUUCACUGUGGGGAUGGUGCUCUCGGGGUGAUGAGGUGUUGGGUUUUCGCCAGACAUAGCGUUUUCCUUGAUGGCCAAAAAGCUACAUUUUAGUCACAUCUGACCAGAGAACUUUCUUCCAUACGUUUGGGGAGUCUCACAUGCCUUUUGGCGAAAACCAAAUGUGUUUGCUUAUUUUUUUUUCUUUAAGCAAUGGCUUUUUUUCUGGGCUCUCUUCCGUAAAGCCCAGCUCUGUGGAGUGUACGGCUUAAAGUGGUCCUAUGGACAGAUACUCCAAUCUCCGCUGUGGAGCUUUGCAGCUCCUUCAGGGUUAUCUUUGGUCUCUUUGUUGCCUCUCUGAUUAAUUCCCUCCUUGCCUGGUCCAUGAGUUUUGGUGGGCGGCCCUCUCUUGGCAGGUUUGUUGUGGUGCCAUAUUCUUUCAGUUUUUUAAUAAUGGAUUUAAUGGUUCUCCGUGGGAUGUUCAAAGUUUCUGAUAUUUGUUUAUAACCCAACCUUGAUCUGCUCUUCUCCGCAACUUUGUCCUUGACCUGUUUGGAGAGCUCCUUGGUCUUAAUGGUGCUGCUUGCUUAGUGGUGUUGCAGACUCUGGGGCCUUUCAGAACAGGUGUAUAGUAUAUAUACUGAGAUCAUGUGACACUUAGAUUGCACACAGGUGGACUUUAUUUAACUAAUUAUGUGACUUCUGAAGGUAAUUGGUUGCACCAGAACUUAUUUAGGGGCUUCAUGGCGUGAAUACAUAUACAUGCACCACUUUCCGUUGUACAUUUUUUUUAAACAAGUACUUUUUUUUCACUUCACCAAUUUGGACUAUUUUGUGUUUGUCCAUUACAUGAAAUCCAAACAAAAAUACAUUUAAAUUGUAUUUUGUUGUAACAAACACCAAGGGGGAUAUAUACUUUUGCAAGGCACUGUAAACAAUGUCUCAAGGCCAAAUCCUUUAACCUGUCUCCUCCCCUUCACCUACACUGGUUGAAGUGUAUUUAACAAAUGACCAUAGCUUUCACCUGGUCAGUCUUGUGUCAUGGAAAGAGCAGGUGUGCUUUAUACACUGUAUAAGAAGAUGCUUCAAAUGAAUACCAGGAUGACUGCAAUCAAAUAUAAAUACAGGCUAUA